AUGUCGCAACAACAGACCAACAACAACACUGGCUUCCAGAUCACCAACCAAAACACCUUCGAGGACACCAACCGCAGCGUCAAGUACCUGUGCGGCGACUGCGAUGCCGAAGUUGCUCUCAAGCGCGGCGACCCCAUCCGUUGCAAGGAGUGCGGUUACCGUGUUCUGUACAAGCAACGCACCAACCGCAUGAUCCAGUUCGAGGCCCGCUAA